AUGUCUAAUUCUUAUAAUCAGGUAACGCCUUUUAAAUUAGGUCAAAAGAAGAAGAAGACGAAAACCAAUUCAACAUUAACUAAUGUGGGGAUUAGUCCUUUUCAAAAUCCCAAUUUAAAUUUUCCUCCAAUUAUGAAUUUACCUCCAAAUUCAAGUAAUACGUUGGUUCCCAAUCCAAUUUACAAUCAACAAUAUGAUGCUCUACCAACUAGCCUUCCGAGACCAGUACAUUCAGGUGUGUUAAAUGGUUUGAAUGGUUUGAUGGCCGUUCCAAGUCAAAAUAUGAAUUCAGUUUAUAAUCCAAAUAAUAAUAACUUUGGAUUUCCCAUGAAUGAAGUUAUGAUGAAUUCAUUCUUAAAAACUUCAAUGAAAAAGGCAACACUAACAAAUAACUCUCAAUCAUUUGACUUGGUAGACGAUUUGGAAAGGAAGAGAAAAAGAGCUGAAAAGUUUAGUACUCCAGUAAAGGCUGUGAAAAGAGUUAAUGAUAGCCUUGUUGAUGAAGAUUUCUCUAAUUUGAAUGCUAUAAGCACAUCCUCACACAAAUUCGAUAAAAAUAAAAAAAUUGUAGGUCUUUGUCAAGUUUUAGAAAAGCCAUAUCUAAGAUUAACUUCUGAUCCAAAUCCUGAAUUAGUCAGACCACUUCAUAUAUUAAAAAAAACAUACGAGAUGCUGAUAAAGAAAUCCAAGAAAAAGGAAACAUCAUAUAAAUACUUGAAUGACCAAUUCAAAUCAAUGAGACAAGAUCUUAGAGUUCAAAUGAUAGAAAAUCAGUUUACAGUAAAAGUAUAUCAAACUAAUGCGAGACUCGCAUUAGAAAAUGAUGAUAUAGGGGAAUUUAAUCAAUGCCAGAGUAGAUUAUUUGCACUGUAUGAGAAAGAGAACAUCAAACCUUCCAACAUUGAAGAAUUUACAUGUUAUAAGAUCCUUUAUUGUAUAAUGACUGAAAAUAAUAGUGCAAUUUCUUCCCUGAAAUUAAAAUUGUUAACUAAAGAAAUGCAUAUAUUUGCUAAUUACAUGGUACGAUGUGCAUUUUUAUUAGCGGAAGCACAUUUUACUAAUAAUUAUCAUCAAUUUUUCAAUAUUUAUGGUUCGUUAGAAUAUCUUUCUAAAAAAUUAGUGGAUAUUUUUAUUAGUAAAAUACGUUUGAAGUCUUUGGUUACAAUAUCAAAGAGUUAUAACCAGAUUAGUAUGUCUUUUUUAAUGAAAGAAUUACAAUUUAAAGAUGUUAACGAAAUUAAAGACUUUUUGAAAUCCAAAGGAAUUGAUAAAUAUGUAGUCGAAAAGAAUUUGGGACAAGAAUCAGAAUAUAUAUAUUUGGACACGAAGUCCUGUAGGAAUGAUAUUGUUCGCCAAUAUGGAAUGUUUAAAAAAAUUGAUAUAAAAGGUCAACAAUAA